CUCAAUCAAUUGACAGAAUUGUCAACAUAAACCUAUUGCAAGUGAAAACAUUCAUAGAAUUUACUCUUUACUGCAUUACUUUACAUAAACAGCACAAAAACGAACUAUGACUAUAUACAAUUUAUACAUAUUCGAUCGAUACGGCACGUUACUUUACUACGGAGAAUGGAAUAGAUCAAAACAAUCGGGAAUGUCGCGGGAAGAGGAAGGAAAAUUAAUGUAUGGUAUGCUGUUCUCUAUCAAGUCUUUUGUUGCCAAAAUAUCCCCACUGGACCCUAAAGAAGGUUUUAUGCACUACAAAACUUCAAAGUACACUCUGCACUGUCUUGAAACCCCUUCUGGCUUAAAAUUUGUCAUGAAUACUGAUAAUCAAGCUCAAGGAGUCAGAGAAUUGUUAAAAAAGAUCUAUGGAGAAAUAUAUGUUAAAUAUGCUGUAAGAAAUCCCAUGUGUGGCAUUGGAGAGCCUAUAACUAGUGAACUGUUUAAGAAUAAAUUAGAUGCUUUUAUUAAACAAUCGCCUAUACAAUAUGCUCGAGCUUCCUGAUAAUUUAUUUUGUUGAAAUGAAUGUGUAAUGAAGGCUUCAGAGAUUUUCAAAAUGUAAUAUU